AUGAGGUUUGAAAAGGGGCGCAUCUACACAUUCAUUGGAGAAGUUGUCGUUUCUGUAAAUCCCUACAAGUCGCUGAACAUCUAUGGGAGAGAGACGAUUGAGCAGUAUAAAGGCCGGGAGCUGUACGAGAGGCCGCCUCACCUGUUUGCUAUUGCCGAUGCCGCCUACAAGGCCAUGAAGCGGAGAUCCAAAGACACUUGUAUUGUGAUAUCAGGGGAGAGUGGAGCUGGCAAAACCGAAGCCAGUAAGUACAUCAUGCAGUACAUUGCGGCCAUCACCAACCCCAGCCAGAGAGCUGAGAUCGAAAGGGUGAAGAAUAUGCUACUUAAGUCCAACUGUGUCCUGGAAGCUUUUGGCAAUGCCAAAACCAACCGUAAUGACAACUCAAGCAGGUUUGGGAAAUACAUGGAUAUCAACUUUGAUUUCAAGGGGGACCCUAUUGGCGGACAUAUCAGUAACUACUUACUGGAGAAGUCUCGCGUGAUUGUGCAACAGCCAGGAGAAAGGAGCUUUCAUUCUUUCUAUCAGCUACUCCAAGGAGGUUCUGAACAGAUGCUCCGCUCUCUGCAUCUCCAGAAAUCCCUUUCAUCCUACAACUACAUCCAUGUCGGAGCUCAGUUAAAGUCUUCUAUCAAUGAUGCCGCCGAAUUCAAAGUGGUAGCUGAUGCCAUGAAAGUAAUUGGCUUCAAACCUGAGGAGAUUCAGACGGUGUAUAAAAUUUUGGCGACUAUUCUUCACUUGGGAAAUUUAAAAUUUGUAGUGGAUGGUGACACUCCUCUCAUUGAAAACGGCAAGGUCGUAUCCAUCAUAGCAGAAUUGCUCUCCACCAAGACGGACAUGGUUGAGAAAGCCCUUCUUUACCGGACUGUGGCCACAGGGCGUGACAUCAUUGACAAGCAGCACACGGAGCAGGAAGCGUGCUACGGCAGGGACGCCUUCGCGAAGAUUCAAGACAAAGCAAGGAACUUUGAGCAAUUCUGCAUCAAUUACUGCAACGAGAAACUGCAGCAGCUAUUUAUUCAGCUGGUUCUGAAGCAAGAACAAGAGGAGUACCAGCGAGAAGGGAUCCCCUGGAAGCACAUCGACUACUUCAACAAUCAGAUCAUCGUGGACCUGGUGGAGCAGCAGCACAAGGGGAUCAUCGCCAUCCUGGACGACGCCUGCAUGAACGUCGGCAAGGUCACCGACGCAAUGUUCCUCGAAGCACUGAACAGCAAGCUGGGCAAACAUGGGCACUUCUCCAGCCGCAAGCUCUGUGCCUCAGACAAAAUCCUGGAGUUUGAUCGGGACUUUCGAAUUCGACAUUACGCAGGGGAUGUAGUCUAUUCUGUCAUCGGUUUUAUUGACAAAAAUAAAGACACUUUAUUUCAAGAUUUCAAGCGCCUGAUGUAUAACAGUUCAAAUCCUGUGCUGAAGAAUAUGUGGCCCGAAGGCAAACUGAGCAUCACGGAGGUGACCAAGCGCCCUCUGACCGCUGCCACCUUAUUUAAGAAUUCUAUGAUCGCCUUAGUGGACAACCUUGCAUCAAAGGAACCUUACUAUGUACGUUGCAUCAAACCCAAUGACAAGAAAUCCCCGCAGGUAUUUGAUGAUGAGCGCUGCCGGCAUCAGGUUGAGUACCUUGGGCUAUUGGAAAACGUGAGGGUGCGACGGGCAGGAUUUGCCUUCCGCCAGGCGUACGAGAAGUUUCUGCACAGGUACAAGAUGAUCUCGGAAUUCACCUGGCCCAACCACGACCUCCCUUCAGACAAAGAGGCUGUGAAGAAACUGAUCGAACAGUGUGGCUUUCAGGAAGACGUGGCUUACGGGAAGACCAAGAUUUUCAUCCGCACACCCCGCACGCUGUUUACCUUGGAGGAGCUCCGCGCCCAGAUGCUCCUGAGGAUCGUCCUCUUUCUCCAAAAGGUGUGGCGGGGCACGCUGGCCCGCAUGCGGUACAAGAGGACCAAGGCAGCCCUGACCAUCAUCAGAUACUACCGGCACUACAAGGUGAAGUCCUACAUCCACGAGGUGGCCCGGCGCUUCCACGGCGUCAAGACCAUGAGAGACCACGGGAAGCACGUGAAGUGGCCAACCCCUCCCAAAGUUCUUCGCCGUUUCGAGGAGGCCCUACAGGCCAUUUUUAAUAGAUGGCGAGCAUCUCAGCUCAUCAAGACCAUCCCUGCUUCAGACCUGCCCCAGGUCAGGGCAAAGGUUGCGGCCAUGGAGAUGCUGAAGGGUCAAAGGGCUGACCUUGGGCUCCAAAGAGCCUGGGAGGGCAACUAUCUUGCUUCGAAGCCAGAUACACCUCAGACCUCAGGCACUUUCGUCCCCGUCGCCAAUGAACUGAAACGGAAGGACAAGUACAUGAACGUCCUCUUCUCCUGUCACGUCCGUAAGGUAAGGCGAUAUCAGGGGCUAUACCUUCAGCCUCUUAAGUUGACGGGCCUGAGCGUCUCCAAUGGAAAGGACCAGCUUGUGGUGUUCCAUACGAAAGACAACAAGGACCUCAUCGUCUGCCUCUUCAGCAAACAGCCGACCCACGAGAACCGAAUCGGAGAACUUGUUGGAGUCCUGGUGAAUCAUUUCAAGAGUGAGAAGCGCCACCUUCAAGUCAACGUCACCAACCCCGUGCAGUGCAGCCUGCACGGGAAGAAGUGCACCGUUUCCGUGGAGACGCGGCUCAACCAGCCACAGCCCGACUUCACCAAGAACCGCUCGGGCUUCACCCUCAGCGUGCCCGGGAACUGAGGCUCCCCAGCCGGGCGCACUCGGCAUCCUGGUCCCCGUCUCGUUGCUUAUCCGAUCCCUGCUGCCCCGCUAGAAAUCAGCUCCAGGGCCUCGAGGGGGGCGCGGCCCCUCUGCCUCCUUGCAGGCCCCUCCCCUGAGAUCUCUUCGCCUCCUGCCUUCGGUCUCGCCUCCCUCUGCCCCAACCGUCCCCAGUCCCGUCAACAAACCAAAGAGCCCGGUGCCCCAUCCCAGAGCCCCAGGCGGGCUCCCCCCAGCCUCACCUCAGAGGCAGCUCAAAGGUGCCUUCAGUUGGUGAGGGUGUCCCUGGACGGGCCAGGUGGGGUCAGCACCUUGACCCAGGACCCCCUGCUGGCCCUGUAGGAGGUGGGGUGGGAGCCUCCUGCUCCCUCUGUGAGCCCAUCCUGCCCCGCCUCGCCCCCAGGGGGCCGAGGUCCCCGUGGCUGUUUCUCGGCUCCUCCGUGGACCCCGUUCUCCCAGCAGCAGCCAAAGCCACCAGGUGAGCAGGUUCACCUGUAGGACCAGCCCCUCAGCCCAGGGGCAGUGGCUGGCAGGACAGCCAUGCCCCGCUGGCAGCCGGCCUGCCCAGGUCUGCCCCGCCCGGCCUCCUGGCCACCUCUCUGCCAGAGCAGGGGGGAGGGAUGCUCCCAGGAUCCUCUUCACCACGUGCCUGUGCCCGCGGCUGCCUUCACGUAUUUCUGCAGCUCGCAGGGCUGCUCGUCGGAUACCGUGUCCGCUGCACCCACACUCGCGUCAGGAACACUAGUAAAGUGGAGUCGCAGGGGCGGGGCCCCUCGUGGGCCCCUUCACGCUCGUGGAGAACUAGGGCUGGGACAGGAGGGUCAGAGCACACGGGAACCGUGGGGGCUGAGGAGAUAGAAAAGGCGGAGUCCUGGCACUGCGGGCCAGGCCAGCAUGUCCACCUGCCGCGGGCACGCCGCCCUCAGGCCCGGAGAACAGCACCAUCUUGCCUGUCUGUGCCCAGCACGUGCCUUCAGGUGUCUGCCUGAGCCCACCCCCUGCCAUGUCUCAGCUGAAGGGGGCGCCUGGCCCUCUGGGCAGCAUGAGCCCCCCUCGCCCCCGCUGGAGCCUUGGAAGGGGACUCGGCACCCUGCGAAGGGGCUGAAGGUGAGCCCAGGCCGCAGGAGCCUGGCAAGGUGUGAAGACACCUGCUCCCUGCUCCUCACCCACCCCCACGCUCCCGUCCUGCCACCCUGGCCCCGCACAGCACACCAAGUGCCUGAUGCAGACUCCGGUGCCUCACCCAGGGCCCCCAGGCGGUCCCGGCAGCCUGGUCUCAGCCGCACCCCCGCCUGCUUCGCAGGGCUGGCCAACACUGGCACCUGCGCAGUUUGCAACAAAGAAUCCACCUGGCAGCCUGUCCUUGGGAGCCAUUCUCCCUCCCGAAGCCCGGCCAGCUGCC